UUAUGCACAUAAUUGUACGAGCCCGAGACAUUUUGAGGCGUUUUACAAAUGCCGUCCGGGAUGUUUAUGUUAAUGAUAGGCCAUUACUUUACCCUAUUUUUUAUUCUUCUGAUGGCAAAAGAAAAUGUAGAAGCAACAAAUGUUUCAGUGGCAAAACUGAAAAGUUCUUAUAAUUUUGGCAAAAGCUUUCUUGGACUUAAUAAGUGUAAUGCCUGCGUUGGAACCUCAGCCUGCAAGAAGUUCUUUAAGGAAGAGAUCAGGUUUCAGAACUGGCUUGCUCCACAUCUGCAGCUUCCCCCUCCCGAUCUUCAGAGUUACUUUGGGAACUAUAGUGAUGAUGGAGAAAGCUGGAGACCUGUUGAGAUAUCUCGGAUGUCUAGUAAGAGGCAACAUGACUUGUCUGACCAAAGGAUCUGCAACAGUUUCACCAAGAGAAAAACUUGCAGCAUUGAAGGGAUGCUAAGGAGGACAGAGAGGUUUCAGAAGUGGAUGGCAGCUAAACGUCUAACCCCAGAUUUAGUGCAAGGUCUACCAGUUCAAGUUCUUCGCUGCCCCUCCCAGCGUCUUUUAGAUAGAAUAAUCCGGCGCUAUAGUGAAGUGUUUGAUGCUGGUAGCGUGUAUAUGACCCACCUGACAGACAAGGACAGAUUGAGGUUGCUGUACACACUCUCAGUUAAUACGCACCCAAUUGUUUUACAGAUCUUCCCGACAGCAGAGGGAUGGCCUUUUUUACAUUAUUUAGGUUCAUGUGGGCGGUUGUUUGUGAGUGCAAGCACUCUGACAUUGUCAUCCUUCAAUAUCUCUGGUUCGGACGUGGCAGCGGACCUGGCAUAUCAGCUUCUGCAAAUCAUUCACCACUUAAGCGCCAACGACCUGAAUUAUUUCUUCUACUUCACAUCUAUUGAUGAAACUACUUUUGGAAUAUUUAGAGAUGGUCGCAUGUUUAUAAGAGACACAAGUAAGAUGGGCAUUAUUGACAAACAGCAAGAUCAAUCAGAGUACGAAAGGAAAAAUGAAGAAACCGAUGUUUUCAGCUGCCUAUCAUCUGAUUGUCCACCAACGCUUUUGUCUUGUGCCAAUAUUACUGAGAAACAGAACAUUAUACUAGUAUGUAAGGAUCUCCUGCCUUAUUUAAUAGCAGGGAAAUUUCCUGAUUUUACCCAAAAGAAAAUUGACAGACUUCUUAAAGAUUGCCCAAAUAACAUUGCCAAUGACCAGGAGGCAAGGACAUUUACUAAUGAACUAAUGGAGAUUCUGAGACCUUGGAGAAGAUGUGAUGCCAGAUUUGCAUACAGAUAUCCAGACUGUAAAUAUAACAGUAUUACUUAGUGUGAAAUAUUAAUGAUAGUUUUUCAAGAUGCUCCAUUCCCAAAUAAGUGUGCACAUAGAAGGUACAGGGCAUAUGCCUAUUCCCUUGAGAGCGCCACCAAAUAAUACACCUUUAUUAAAUGAUAUGUGCACUAUUCAAUUUUGAAGCCCUAAAAUUCUGUACUAAUUACAUAAUAUAUUUGUAAAGGCGAAAUCUGUUUUUGCAUGGACGAAUUCAAUCACAAUGGCUGCAUGCAACCCCCACUAGAUGGUGCUAACUGCAAAUGCAUGUCUACAGAUAUCAUUUAUUUAAUAGGAGCUGUAUAAAUCUGUAUUCAGUGUGUUCCUCCUAGUGGUGGCUGCAGGUAGUCAUUAUUAAAGGAUAUGCCAUCUAGGUCAGAGAAAUGUGAGUCCCACCUCUGGCAUCUCCUCCUAUCUCCAGAACGGGGGGCCCCAGAAGUGAAGGAGAGAGCACCACACAUGGGUAAUCACUGCUAUGGAAGUUCCGAAAAUAGCCAAAUGAGGGUGCUUGGCUAUUUUGUGAAACUCCCACAGCAGUGAACGGACGGUGGCCACGCCUGCGUGGUGUGCUCUCCUUCACUCCUUUUCUUGCGGGUCCUGUUCUGGAAAUAGUAGCGACUCUUAGAGGUAGCACCGACACUUAUAGUUAAUACAGUUGAAAAAAAACCAUAAGUCCAUCAAGUUCAACCAAGGGAUAGGAGGGGACACGUAUCCUAGAAGGAAGUCAGACUCAGAUUUCUACACAUUCUUUUGAAUAUACAGAGCUAAAAAACUCAUUUAGUGACUCUGCCUUUUCCUUAUCUUCAGUGACUACUCCCCCCUCCUUUUACCAUUAUUUAGGAGUCCUACCUGCUCAGAACUUGUUUUUUUUAGCAUUUAUAUAUUUAAUGAAUUUUUGGGGAUUUGUUUUGCUCUC